AUGUCAACGAUACUAUGGCCACCAUUGCUGUCAGAUUCAGCCUCAACCCUUGGGCAACAGGUAGACGAAACGCGACAACGCGAGCUCUCCUGGCUGCUCUCAGCUCUCCAGGAAACCUUGUCGAGCUUGAAAUCCGGACUUGAGGACUGUAGCUCUCUCCUAGCACCGCGCGAACAAGGCAGCACGCUGGUCGUGUCGUCGCAUCGCAGCGAAGCUCUGAAAGGAUUUGUUACACGCAAUGGCUCCAACAUCACAAAAGGCGACAUUCAGCUGCGCCUCGCUUCUCUGCCACCUCCACGCGGCCAAACAAGCUACAAGCUGUCCAUUUCCACAUCACCCUCUGCACCUGCUCUCCAAGUGAAGCAGAUUGCCGAAGUCAGGACGUUGAUCAAUUCGAGCUUGGACGUCGUGGAUGCGACGGCAUGGACUGGCGACAAGGGCGAUGCGAACUUCAUCUCUGGGCAGUUGACUCUACUGCACGAGAACAUCCGCGACGCGAAGGCUGUGCUGAAGGGCUCAUCUGCUGGAUCAGAGAGCGACAAGACUUGGGCCUCUGAUCCAUUGGACGAGAAGAUCUUUGACCCUCCACCUCCGCCCAACCUCUCUUUCCACCUCAGUAUCGCAGACGCCGCACUUAUCCUCCACAUCCGCACUCUCGAACCGGCAUCCGGCACUGGCAGCUCCACACCACUCGCUGGUGCUCCAUCAUUCACAGGCUUCGGUCUCCGCGAUAGACUUGCACACGCACUCGGUGGUGGCCCACGAGCUCCAGCCCACGACGAAGCCGAAGACGUCUUCUCCUACCGCGGUGCCGAAGUCAGAGUCAAAGAAAAGGUGAGGGUUGAGAGUGCAGAUCCUAGUUUGAUCAGUGCAAUGGCCAAGUUGGCAGCGCUUGAGCACACAGUCGAGCUAGGAAGGAGAGCCUUGGAUGUCGUUAUGGGCAAGGAACACGAAGGUGACGACGAUGAGUAA